AUGGCCACCUUCGCCAGCCUGAGCCCAGAGCUGCUCGAGGCCGUCCUCUCUGCUGCCCUCGAAGGCCCCGUGCGCCUCGACCAGCGCAACCUGUCCUCGUUCGCCCGCGUCAACCACGCCUUUGCCGCCGCAUCGAGACGCCUGUCGCUGCGCUGGAUCACGGUCGACGACCCGGAGGUCGGCGCCAAGCUCCUCGAGACGCUCAGCUCGUCGCCUCACUGUGCGGCGAGCGUGCGCUCGCUCGUCAUCAAGGACGACGCGUUUGACGAGCCUACCACGUUCAGCGACCUGUCGCAAGACGACCUUCUGCGCUUCGCCGUCAACCUCGUGUCGUUCGACAGCGCCCGUGCCUCGUUCGUGCCGCUCGCCGACGGCCGCAAGCCGCUGCCCUCGUUCCCCAAGACGCUCCAGUCGAUGCGCCUCGGUCACGCCACCACGUCGCCGCCCGAGGACGCCUACGCCGCCAGCAGCGACGAGGACGACAACGACGGCGGCGCCAACCGGGACGAGCAGCGCGCGGCCAAGAUCUCGGCCACCUACCUGUCGCUCCUGCGGUCGUUCCCGCGCACGCUCACGAGCCUCAAGCUGAGCAAGCUCGCCACCAACGCCCUGCCCCUGUUCCCGCCCGUCGCGCCCCUCGACCUGCCGCACCUCGUGAGCCUCGAGCUCGACAUGGUCACGGUCCCGUCGGGCGUCUUCAAGUGGCUCACAGCGACGACGCGCGACCUCGAGUCGCUCAAGGUGUGGCUCGUGUUGGGCGUCACCGAGGCCGACCUCCGCGACUUUGCGCGGCGCAAAGGCGGCUCGCUCAAGCAGUUUGCGUUCAAGCCCAAGGGCAAGCAGGGCAAGAAGCUCGCCAACGAGCUCGUCCUCUACAUGUCGCAGCUCGAGAAGCUCACGCUCGGCGACAAGGCGUGCGACCACGGCGUGUGGCCCAUCCUGCCCUCGUCGCUCACGCACCUCUGCGUCGCCAUCCCGGCCAACGUGCAGGACGCCCGCCUCACGAUCGUCGCGAACGCGGUCAGGACGAGCCUCACCAAGCUGCAGCGUCUCGAGCUGUUCUCGGGCCUGUACUUCCCGCCGCCGGUCGAGGUCGUCUACCCGCCCAACGAUCCGCUCGACCCUCUCGACUGCGGCCUGCGCGAGCUGCGCCUGUCGCACAUCCGCUCACCGGCGUUCGUGAUGUUCGUCGCCACCGUCGGCCGGGGCCUCUACACCCUCGCCGUCCACCAUCUCUCGGCCCCGCCGACACAGUUCACGAUGUACUGCCCGCGCCUGCGCCGGCUCGAGCUCGGCGCCGCCGACAUCGCUCCUCCCGACAUGCCGCACUCGAUCCUGUCGCCGGCGUCGGUCCGCCUGUCGUCGUUGACGUUCCUGCGCGUCCACCUCGCGUCGUACGUCGCGCUCGACCACCUCACGGCGUCGAUCGGCGCCAUCCGCGCCAAGCAGCGCCGCGACGGCGGGCACCACCGCCUGCAGACGCUCGAGCUCGUCGGGACGUUCCCGGACAACCUCGUCGGCGAGGGCUGGCGCUCGGGGCGGGGCAUGGACCGGCUCGUCGAGGCGUGCACGCGCGACGAGGUGCGCCUCGUCAUCAACGGGCGGCCGAUCGACAGUCUCGGAGACCUGUGGGGCGCGCUGCAGGGGCAGACGGGGCGCGAGACGCUCUGA